UUGCACGACGCUUCCACAAUAAUUAGCUGGAGAAUGAGAUUAAAUUCCAACUUUUACCAUUACCUUUCCAGAGUACUUCUCUCUUUCUUUAAUACUUGUAAUAUUCUGAGCUAUUCCAGGCUCAUCCUUGACAUUAAAGAGUUAGGGUUUUCACUAUUCAGAAUCAACGCAAAAGAUAUGGGAAGCUUAAUCAGAAGUUUUUUCCAAUCUUUGAUGAAAAUGUUUAAUGCAAUUGUCGGAAUGGCUGGUAUUGCUAUGGUAAUUUAUAGUCUAUGGAUGAUACGGGUUUGGCAGAAGCAAACGGGUCAAUCUCCGUUCGAUGAUUCGGACUAUCCAGUUCCAUGGUUCAUCUAUACCUUUCUGGGACUUGGGGUUACCUUUUGUGUGAUUACAUGCUCUGGUCAUAUUGCUGCAGAGACUUUGAAUGGGUGUUGCUUAUAUCUAUACAUUAUGUUUAUGUUCUUACUACUUGUGCUGGAAGGUGUUAUAACUGCAGAUGUGUUCCUGAACCGUAAAUGGGAGCAGGACUUCCCAAAAGAUGCAACCGGGAAUUUGCAUGAAUUGAAAGUUUUCAUUGGGCAAAAUUUUGAUUUCUGCAAAUGGAUUGGCUUGUCAAUUCUGGCAGGACAGGGACUAUCAUUUCUUCUUUCUGUGGUGCUAAAAGCUCUGGGCCCACACAGAGAUAGAUAUUAUGAUAGUGAUGAGGAGUCCUAUGCUGCUUCUAGGCGUCCUCUUUUGAGAAACUCUGCUGAUCCAUCUCAUCUUGUUGUUGACCCUCGCUAUGUGCCUAAGAAGUGACAUAAAACAUGUGUUAAAUCAUGUGGAUUAUGGAUUAUUGAAUCUUCAUCGCCAAGAUUUUGUGGAUAGUGUGACUGCUUGUGAAUGUUGCAGAUUUCGUUUAUGUGUUCAAAGGUUUGACCAGAUCAUACUGGAUUAGUGCGUUAUGUUUAUACUGAUGUAUAUGUGUUCAUCCUUUCUCCUCGUUGUAGUUUUGUUAAAUUUGCAUAUAAGUUUUGCUACUGUUACCUCUUUCUCAUAUUGGUUGUGACUGGAGGUUUUGGUAUUUAUUAAGUAUGUUGAAACUGUAGUAUAAGAUUCUCUAGAAAUGUAAAAUUAUGGCCGUUUGCUGUUGA